AACGAAAGCUGUUCGUUGGAAUGCUCAGCAAAAAACUGUGCGAGAAUGACGUGCGUUCUCUGUUCAGCAGUUACGGGACAAUCGAGGAGUGUACCGUUCUUAGGGACCCAACCGGAAAUUCUCGCGGCUGCGCAUUCGUAACUUUUGCCUCCAAGCAGUCAGCCUUAAGUGCCAUCAAAGGUCUCCACCAAUCACAAACAAUGGAGGGAUGCUCUGCGCCCCUUGUAGUCAAAUUCGCCGACACACAAAAAGAGAAAGAACUGAAAAGACAGCAGCAAAUGCAGGCCAACGUAUGGAACGCUUUGGCCGCCCCGACGCUGGCUUCACCGCCGCAGCAGUACUCCCCCGUUAUGCCCAACGAGGCGACCUCCUUACAGCUCCUACAGGCGAUGGGCGGCGCGGGGCUACUGCAGCAGCAAUUCCUUUCCGGUACUGAGAGUUUGUUAGCGCCGAUAGGCGUGCAAAAUCUGGUAACCUUGGCGGCCAUGUCGCAACCAGCGACGGCCGCGACCACGCCGUUGUGCAUGGCCAACUUGUUAGGGAAAGGUGCGGGGGUUGAGAGGACACUAACCGCGAGUUUGCCGCCGGGUCUGUCAACGCCUGAUCUGUCGACAUACGGAUCGCUCAUCACCAGCGCGACCAUCAACGCGGCGGCCCUCGCGGCAGCGGGAAAACAGAUUGAGGGUCCGGAUGGUUGUAACCUGUUUAUCUACCACCUGCCCCAAGAAUUCACUGACACGGACCUGGCGUCGACUUUCCUACCUUUCGGUCCUGUUAUUUCUGCCAAGGUGUUCAUAGACAAACAGACGAACCUGUCCAAGUGUUUCGGGUUUGUGUCGUUUGAUAACGCCCAAUCCGCUCAACAAGCCAUAUCUGCGAUGAAUGGGUUCCAAAUCGGUACCAAAAGGCUGAAGGUCCAACUGAAACGGGCCAAAGAUGCUUCAAAACCCUACUAGCCAAAGAGACGAGCCAGUCAACCGAGUGAAAGGCCGGCCUAAGGAACGACGCUGACCGAAGGCUGGCCCGACAGGCCGGCCUUUCUCACCCAGCACCGUGCCAGUGCAGUGCAAAUCUCAGGAUCUAGCUGCUAUUUUUAUGAACUGUGAGAUAUUUUUACUAGUUAACUGCGGUUGGCAAACCGCUUGUAAAUUAUAUGAUGUAUAUGACGAAUGACGAGGAUGUUCGACUAAAUGUUUUUGUUUUUAUUUGGUAUUUAGUUUUUUUUGUCAUGUUGGUCGACAGGUUCUUUUUAUUUUUGUGUUCGUGGCGUUCGGCGCGUAGACAUACAUCCUCUGUUGUUUAGUUAAUCCUAGGCCAUAUGUAAAUGUUGAGUGAUUUAGUUAUGUUUUAUCUGGAGUCUACAGUUUAUUAUUAGUAUCCCUUUUAUUUAUAUACAUCUGAAGCAUGUAUUUGAAUUGUACCUUUAUUUUCUAUUGUUAUCGAUUAAAACCAAAGUACAGACCAAACA